AUGACCAUCAAACAACUUUUGUCUUGCAUCCCUCGCCUUCAUCCUCGUCUUCGUCUUCGUUCUUCCCUCAUCGCAGUACCCUUGCCAGUGCCUUUCGAAAGUCGUCCCAACCUUCAACCAAUCCCGCCCAUCUGGCCCAUCUCAACCUACCCUCACCUAAGACACAUCACAAACCAACCCAACAUUCGAUGUCCAGAAUGUGGAGCUAAUUCAGAACCAUCCUCAACCGAUCAAUCAUCAUCAACUUCCAAAUCCAUCUGUCACCGCUGUGAAAGCUUUCUACCACUCACAGUUGCAGGCUCUCAUUUUUCCCUGUUCGGUCUACCCAAAACUUACCGACUCGAUCGACCUGCACUACGUCUUAAAUACCAUCAAUGGCAACAAUUAGUUCAUCCUGAUCUCAUUGCCGGUCGUCAAAACACCACUCCUCCUCCACUCGAUCGAUCAGAUCUCAAUCGGAUCUCCCAGGCUGAGUUAGCUUCGCAGUGGAGUAUUCUUGUAAACCAAGCUCGAGCCACUCUAGAGGAUGAUGUAAAACGAGCGGCUUAUAUGGUAUCUACGUUCUUCUGUUCUUCUGAACGACUGAUCCCACGUAUCCUUACAUCUCUACUCCGGGCACUCAAGCUUGAGUUAGACGGAAGGCUUUCAAUGCCUGAUGAAAGUGGGGAUAAGUCAGUAGAUCCAAAUCUCUUGAUGACAUUAAUGGAAUCACACGAGCAGCUAGAAGAAGCCAAGACUGAGGUAGAAGUGAUCGAACUUCAAAACGCCAACAAACAGUUCAUCCCAUCCAAGCUGAUUAUGGGAAACCCCGGGGUGUUAGAAAUCAUCCAAGAAACCGUCUUAAAGCUUGAGCAAUUAUGGAAUUCCGAUCGUCAACUUGACAUUCAGACACUCGAACGUGCAAGGGCAUUGGCCAUCAAAUUGAGAUACUUGGAAACUAUCGAUCACAAUUGUCGUGAAUGGCGUCCACCGAUCAGAUGA